CCCCUCGGUUCCGCCUUGCUGUGGAUUGGGAACCACUGAGUGGUCCCGAAGUCCUUGGCCAGAGCGGCCCCAUAGUGAGGGGCGUUCGUCCCGGAAGUCUCAACUCAAGGGCGGAAACGGAAGCGAAUUACGAGCGCCUCGUGCCAGAGCUUUUACCCGGCCCCAUGGCGGUCCGAGCGUCUUUCGAGAACAACUGCGAGAUCGGCUGCUUCGCCAAGCUCACCAACACCUAUUGCCUAGUGGCCAUCGGUGGCUCGGAGAACUUUUACAGUGUGUUUGAAGGCGAGCUCUCAGAGACCAUUCCAGUGGUACACGCUUCCAUCGCUGGCUGCAGAAUCAUUGGUCGCAUGUGUGUGGGAAAUCGACAUGGCCUUCUUGUGCCCAACAAUACUACAGACCAGGAACUACAGCACAUCCGAAAUAGUCUCCCUGACUCCGUGCAGAUCCGACGGGUAGAAGAACGGCUCUCAGCACUGGGCAAUGUUACCACCUGUAAUGACUAUGUAGCUCUCGUUCACCCAGACCUGGACAGGGAGACAGAAGAAAUUCUAGCUGAUGUGCUUAAGGUCGAAGUCUUCAGACAGACAGUGGCUGAUCAGGUGCUGGUGGGGAGCUACUGUGUUUUUAGCAAUCAGGGAGGGCUGGUGCAUCCAAAGACUUCCAUUGAGGACCAAGAUGAAUUGUCCUCUCUUCUCCAAGUCCCGCUGGUGGCUGGUACUGUGAACCGGGGAAGUGAGGUGAUUGCAGCUGGAAUGGUGGUCAACGACUGGUGUGCCUUCUGUGGGCUGGACACAACUAGCACAGAGCUGUCAGUGGUAGAGAGCGUUUUCAAACUUAAUGAAGCCCAACCCAGCACCAUUGCCACCAGCAUGAGAGAUUCCCUCAUUGACAGUUUAACUUGAGUGAUUCUAUUAUCCCUGCUGCCUGGCCUCUUGAAUAAGGACCUUGGUUCCUGCUACAGCUCCAGUAUGGCUUGAAGCCCUGCAGAGAGAGUCUUUACAUCUGCACUUUGGAGCUUGGACCUGUGGGGAAUCUAAAAAAGCUUCCAGGAUUGAUUUCCUGUAACUUCAUUUUUACUGUUUAAAAAAAAAAAAAAAUCCUUAAAUGAAUUCACCUUGGCUCUUUGAUCUCCACUAUCCUUUUGCCCUAUUCCAUCAUUAAAAGGCACUUGGGGCCCCUUGUUCUGUA